GGAAAGAAGAAAAUUUCAUAGUCAGAUGGACAAAGAUGUAAGUCUACCUGAAAAUGGAUUGAAGCAUUUUUUUUCUUUAAAAUCCCAUUUAGAAUUCCACUUUGAAUUAUGUAAAACUACAUCAGAGUGCACGCUAACUGUAACUUACUAAGGUAGCAUGAGAUAUUCACAGAGAAAUACACAUCUAGGGUUAAUGUUCAGAAGAAAGUCCAACCAGUGAUUAGGAAAGCUGAAAAGUCAGUCAGUCAAUGGCUAACCUUUAGUACUAAAUUAACUUUUUAGGGGAGUAAGCCCUUCUGCAUAUACACCUUACAGGAAUACCAUUUUAAUUUUUUGAGGAUAUUCCACUGGUUCAGGUCUAGCACUGAUGCAGCCAAAACUGAAAAAACUCAGACUCAAAAAAAUCAAAGGGAGGAGUGGCUUGAUCUUCAAGCAUCAGACAGAAGAACCAAUUCCAACAUUUUUCGAGGGAAACAGUGGAUCAUACACUAACAGCAGACAAUGUUUCUUCUGUUGAACACACCAUUCAGCUCCAGAUCCAAAGCUUGCUUGUUGUUUUUUCUUUUUGCAGACACUGCGCAGUUAAAGAUUCAUAAAAGGAAGUUUAAAACUCUGGUUUUGUUCACUUUUGACUUAUUUGCCAUUUCUCUUCCAAAAUAACUUCUAACUAACCAUGAACAGGCAUCUUAUGAGAAUGAAAUCUUACCCAGCCCCUAAAAGUCGACUGACUUCCCCAGGGACAGGGGCCACCUCCUGGCUCACCACCAAGGUCCCACCUCACUGAAAACCAUAAAAUGUGGUUGUAAAAGGCCUUUGACAUCAUUGAGUCCAACCAUAUCAGUCCACUACUAAACUUAUACAAGAUGUGGUUGCUAUGAUGAAAAGUGGAAUAUUUUUGAUUUAAGCUAAAGUAGAGCUAAGUUAAAUCUAAGUAAUUGUGUUCUUUGAAAGUCAGACAGAAUGUCCCCCGACAGCAUGUUUUCUUUCAGGCACUUGGUUUUCCAGACACUGUUCAUUCUUUGGAGACGAUAAUGUCUUGUGCGCAGUGUGAUGUGUGCUGAGCAGCUGUGUCUGUUUGCAGCCUUUCCCACCUGAAAUGCAGGGUCAGGCAGAGCUGGAGCCAGCUGCAAAUCAGCAACAGAUUAGACUGCUGUGAAGUUCAUAAUAACACUAAGAUCAGUCUUUGGAAAGAAUAGGCAUAAGGUUUCUGGGAGAAUUGAUCCCUGUGCAUGUUGUCUAAAUAAGGCAAAAUCUCUUUCUUAAAAUGAAGAAAAGCAGAGGCCGGACAGGUCGAAAAAGAAGAAGGAAACACUUGCAGAGUUUCAUGGAUGGAGUAAACUGCAGUCACCAACUGGAAUACAUUAUGCUUAAAAAGUGGCUGAAAGACAGAGGAUUUGAAGACAGUAAUUUAAGGCCAGCACAGUUCUGGGAUACAGGAAGAGGACUGAUGACAACAAAAGCUCUUCAGGCAGGGGAUCUGAUUAUUUCAUUGCCUGAGAAGUGCUUACUCACCACAGCCACUGUCCUUAGUAGCUGCUUAGGAGAAUACAUUAUGAAAUGGAAGCCUCCUGUGUCUCCUUUGAUAGCACUCUGCACCUUUUUGAUAGCAGAGAAGCAUGCUGGUGAGAAAUCUCUGUGGAAGCCAUAUCUUGAUGUUUUACCCAAGACGUACACUUGCCCUGUUUAUUUGGAGCAUGAUGUUGUAAGCCUUUUUCCUGAACCGUUAAGAAAGAAGGCUCAGGAGCAGAGGACGAUGGUCCAUGAGUUGUACAUGUCUUCCAAGGAUUUUUUCUUUUCCCUGCAGCCUUUGUUUGCUGAGAACACAGAAACUAUUUUUAACUACAGUGCUCUAGAGUGGGCUUGGUGCACUGUUAAUACCAGGACAAUAUACGUGAAACAUUCACAGAGGGAAUGUUUUUCUCUUGAGCCAGAUGUUUAUGCAUUGGCACCAUAUUUAGAUUUGCUAAAUCACAGUCCAAACGUUCAGGUAAAGGGUGCAUUUAAUGAACAGACUAGAAGCUAUGAAAUUCGGACAAAUUCGCAGUGCAAAAAAUACGAAGAAGUGUUUAUCUGCUAUGGGCCUCAUGAUAAUCAACGACUGCUACUAGAAUAUGGAUUUGUUGCCAUGAAUAAUCCUCACAGCAGUGUUUAUGUCUCAUCAGAUACUCUCCUCAAAUAUUUUCCACCAGUGGACAAGCAGAGAAAUGCAAAAAUUUCCAUUCUAAAGGAUCAUGAUUUCUUAGAAAACCUGACCUUUGGAUGGGAUGGACCAUCUUGGAGACUCCUCACAGCCCUCAAGUUGUUAAGUCUUGGAACAGAUGAAUUUACUUGCUGGAAGAGAACACUGCUUGGUGGUGUAAUUUCAGCCAGAAAUGAACAGCAGACUUUGACUAUAACAGCAAAAAUAUGCCAUUUUUUAAUAGAGGAGACACAGCAUGUCCUACUUCAGAUUUCCCAGUUGAAACGGAACAGAGAGAACCUCGGAAAACACCUGGCUUUGGUAGAAGCCCUGCGGUUGGAAGAUCUGAAGAUACUACAAAAAUCAGCUGAGAUUCUUUCUGACUUGAAUGGGGCAACAACUUGAUCCAUCUGGAGCUGUGAUAGCUGUGGAUGUUUAGAGCCAUGGAUGUGCCUUGCUCAACUGUUUUAAUGGACCUGAGCAGCAAGGAGUAAAGUAAAAAGUCAUCAGAAUAUGCCUAGUUCUGGUUCACAGAGGCCGCGGAAUCCUAUUUUGCUCUUUGCUGAUGUUUUUCAGUAAUACAAAACGUUAGCCCUAAUGCUAGGGCAGCACAGGUGGGUUUCAUCACAUCUCAUCCAAAUCACAGUGCUGGGGUAAUUUAAACAGCCCCAGGACUUCAGCAGUCCUAGACUUUACAGCUGCCUGUGUGACGAAAGCGUGGAUCAUAGGGUCAAGCAGGUACUUUGAGUGCUGGCUUUUGACAGAGAGGAAGAGGACAGAACCACUUAUAUUUGUUCAGUACUGAUCCUUUGCUUUUUCCCUGAUAUCUGUACACCAGGACUGAACGAUUCAUGUGGUGCCUUUUCAUUACUGGAGUAAUAGAUGUGGACUAGAGCGCAGGUUGGUCCCGUUGCGACCAAUUCCAAAACAUUCCCAUCACAGUUUCAGCCCAAGUGUUUCUCGAUCAUAAGGAACUGUGAAUUUCCCUCCUUUACUCUCAAAGCACCCUCCAAACUCACUAGUUCUUAUUCUGGUGACUCGUGCUGGGAAUGAAAACUGAAAGGAUAUAUCACUUUGAACUCUGCUUCUUGUUGGGAAGACCACCCAGGCAAUUAAUCCUUUAUCUCUUCAGUUCUGGUGAUCACACUGAGAAAUGUUCCCAUCCUGUCUGUAAAGGAAUGGUCUCAUGAGCUGCCUUUCAGUAUUAGUUCUACUUAAAUAGGGAGCUUGAUCUCCUCAUGUCAUUUAGAGAAGCGAGAGACUACUUCAAAGGACAUUACAGGGCAGGAUGCUUAUUUAAGUUGCAUAAACUUCAUUUAUAAUUGUGUUGUGAUUGUUUUCCAUUUUGAGGGGGAAACAUAUUUCAUAGAGUUUUUCGUUAUUAUUUUUAGGAUUUCUUUAAGAACCAUGUUUUUAAAGAGUGUUUAUUUUUGUAAAUGUAUUGGUUCAUUUUGUAAGAGAUUUAUCUUUUUUUGAAAUAGAUGAAAUUGUAUUCAGCAGUAAAGGCAUUCUAGGGAAUGAUAUAAUUUUAAGAAAAAAAUGCAACAAGUGAAAACUUAAGUAUUCAAGCUCAAACGUACUUCCAGACUUUCUUUGCUACCUUGUGAAGAAGAAUGUUGUUGUGUAAACUUGCGUGGAUUUGAAGAUUCCAGGCACUUUAUCUGCUGGUUUUUUUUUUUUUUUUCUGUGUUGGUCUGUUCGGGACAGGAAAUGUCUUGAUGUUGGAGCUCUGAGAAAGGCCUUUCCUAACUUAGAAGGAAAUGUUGGUUUAGAUUCAAAAGUCUGGGAGAGCAGAGAAGUGUAACUUCACUGUCACUCAGUUUCCAAAACCAAAAAUUCUUGGUUUUGAGGUGCUGUCUUCAUAACCUCUUCCUAGGAUUAGGAAAUUCUGAAAACAAGUAAUUUUCUGCCUUGUUUACUCUGAUGCACUGAGCCUCUUUUGUACUCUCUGACUUUCUCUAUUGUUCAUAUGGAGAUGCUGUCUGUGUGUGGUUGCUUUACAUUUCGCAGCUGAGGGCAGUGUGAAUGUGUUGGGAGAGGAACUGAAGUGCUUUCUGGAGCUAGAAGCACAUUUAUUAUGUCCUUUGGACCAGCUUAAUUUCAUAUUUGCCUAAACUGUGGCUUUAGCCCCUGUAAAUCACUUGGCACCAUGUUUUAUACUUGGGUCAGUCCCACUCUGAAGUACUUCCUAGGAUGAGACAACUGGUUUUGGGAAUGCAAGCUCUACAAGUCUCACCACAGUCCUCACCAGCUUGCAUAAGAGUCCUUCUGGACUACUGUACCUGGUGCUACAGAAGAGAUAGUGGGGCUGAGACCCUGAGCCUGUGACUGUUGCCCAUUGAUUUUGAUUCGGUCUGAAAAAAGGUCUACAGUAGUCAUGGAUGACAUGAAGAGGGUGGAUGGUGACUGAACAUUCACAGAAUUCACAGAAUGUUCAGAACUAAGGGCUUUCGAAGGAAGGUUGAAGAAGUCAGGUUCAAAACAAAUAGAAUGUGGUUACAUAUCCAAUGAUGUUACUACAGAAUAUGGAUACAAAAGCUGACAUGGGCGCAGAGCACAUAUGCAUGGAAGACAGCUGUUGGCAGUUACCAGCAGGACAACUGGCUUUGGUCUUAUUAGUCCCCUGAUCUCAAAGUACUUGAAGAUUGAGAGGGUAUUGAUGGCAAAUAUUGUAUAUGUUCAACCUGUGCUUGCUCUUUUAAGGUACUAAGCUAGAGGGAUCCUUGCUUUGAACAUAGCCAGCAGUUUUGAUAAUUAUAGUUGAACUGUUUGACCUCUUACUUUCUUUUAAUAGAAACUUUUUCAUGCUCUAAGAACAGAGAGCAUUUUAUAAUUUUAUAAUGAGAUAGUACCAGAGUUGAAGAAGAUGAGGAUAUU